ACCUCUGAUUGCAGCUUCGUUCACGCACCCACUCCUAAAGGAGGGGAGCGAGGGUCUAUUUCUUCGGCCGAGAUAUCUGCGCCUCUUUCAGACUAGCUUAAAGUUGGAAGUGCAUGCCCUGUUUGCCACCAUCAGCCACCACUCACCGGGAAUCACCACUCAAUCAACUCGCUUGCGUUAGCCUCCUCCAUGGCUGGCCCGUUUCAGCUUGGCGUUCAUCGCCUUGUUGAAAAGGGUCUAGCCACGGCCAGGCAGGCGGUGCGGCUCAAGGUCGUCCGCAAACCGUGCAGUGGCUUCUCACCCGGGUCGGUCCACGAUGCCGGCCAAGCAGGCAGUCGCUUCACCCGCUACUCGUCGCCAGCUUCUUACAAUGACGUCCACUCAUCGCUGAGCCGUGCAGGUCGUCUCUUUUAUGAGCAUUGCUGGAUCCCAGCGUUCAAGGGAGUUCGUGUGCAAUCUGUGCCUUCCUAUGCUCAGCCAGUCCGUCCCGACUCGUUCGGCACCAUGAAAUUCCGCCUGAACAAGGGUCGCUCAUCCAACUUCCGAUCCAUGCGCUCCGAUGUCCAGCUGUCUUCUCCGAAUUAUUCUCGAUGGCAACCCACCGCUUCUCAAAGCACCGGCUUCCAUCAUGGGUAUACUUUUGCAUGGAACGCGCCCUUAUUCCCCCGCGCUUUGGCUGGUGAGGUUGACGACGAGUUCCGAAACUCAAGGCGCAAGAAGGGAUCGCGGACUGGCGUUGCCAGCCCAACUCGCCGGUCUCGCGUUCUCGAUUCGGUCGAGGAAGCCAAGAUGGCCAAGUGGGCGGGCCGAGCCAUCCCAGUGAAGAUUGAGCAUCUUAGGACCAUUUCUGGCUCCUCCCUUUCCAAGUCAGGCAGCUCGAGUUUUGGCGUCGACGAAGCCCUUGAGGAGAUCUCCGCAAUUCAUUCGGACGAGGUUUCUGAUUGGUCGCCCUCUGCCAUCGAGCGACAAAUGGAGCAAUUUUUUGCUCCGACGCAGAACCAGGGGAAACGCAGCACUCGGGAGUCUUGCUAUCUGGUCAUGCCAUUGGAACCGAGCCUUGGCCCAUUCCUUGUUCAAGACAACAUCGAUGAGAUUGGGCUGUUUGGACCUGAGGUCAUGCAAGCUAUUGGGAGGAUCGGCGAUGCCUACGAGCGACACCAAAGCCGACGUCUCAAUCCUCUGCAAGACUUCUUACUGGAGUUCCGUCCGCUUUUAGGGGAAACGGAAACAAGAUACGCCUACCUGGACGGUCACCGUCGAGAAUUCUUCGUGGUCGUCCAUUUCAAGGAGCGUUGCGAGAAUAGAAUUGUCGAGGCGAUGCAGGACUGCUUCAGCCGCGAGCGAUUCGGGUACUACAAACAAUUCCUGCAACCCGCCGGUUGUUCUUCUCUGGAAGAGCAGACCUCGGUUUCAGAACCACCCAGCGACCUCGAUCCGAAUGUCCAGGGCUUUGGAGCAGGUCCCGACGGAAACGCUGCUCCCGUCUCGUCAGAAGUAGGAUCGCUCCAAGCCGCCGCCGAUGAGUCGUACGUUGCGCUCGACCACGGUACAACUGUAGGACGUCCAGGCGACUCCUUCAUCAUGCCCAUCCCUGCGAACGAUCCAACCGAGAUUGCCAAUCUCGAUUCGAGCCCCGAUCGUUGGGAUGUCACCGAAUGCCAAUCGCUCUCGUGGAAUUCGUCGUGGUCACAAUUCGGCUGCUCUGACCUCUUCUCCGUCGAGAGCCGACUCGGCGAGAGCGACGACAACGUCUCGCAGUACGGUGGCACCCUGGUCUAGUAAAUAGCUCUUUUCCCUUCUUCUGACUUUGUUUCGGUUUCGUACCUUCGCCGAGGACCCGUCCAUGGACACCUCCCACACGCUCAUUUGGCUGCUCCCACAU